AGUAGAGAGUGUGUGUAAGAGAGAGAGAGAGAGAGAGAGAGAGGGGGACUAAGCAAGAAAGAUUGAUGCUGAGGCAAGCCGGCACUGCACUGCACUCACUUCCACACAUACACACACAAACAGCCUUAGCAUCACGCGUACACUCACAUCACACUCCCAAGCUGCUUAACAGGCAGGAAAAACACUGAGUCUGACUGAGUCUACAGCCCGUUACUGCAGGACAGGACACAGGACAGCAAGAAGAAGGCAAGAGGAGAGCAGGAUUGUGAUAGUUUCUGUGCUGCUUUGCCCCAGAGCAACAGUUCCACCGCUGUCACCUCAGGGGAGUUCUUUAAAGACGUCUCCCCGAAAAAGGGGGGAAAGGCAGCAAGGGCAGGAGCAAGGGCAAGUGUAGCCUCUCCUGGAAGGUUGCUGUGGAUGUCCUCUCAACAUCCCCAUGAAAACAGGCGGGAAUCGAGGCGUAGUCCGGGGUACAAGAUGGCACGACGAGCAGGGGGUGAAUCCUCCCCGAAAAAGAACACAUCCCUCAACCUGGUGACGGGGUUCUAUCACUACCUCCGCGAUGAGCAGGAGGCAGUGCAGAAAAGGACAUUCACUAAAUGGAUCAAUUCCCACUUGGCAAAGCGCGUCCCCCCUCUGGUUGUGACAGACCUGUUCGAGGACAUCAAGGAUGGUGUGAUGCUGUUGGCCCUGCUGGAAGUCCUUUCUGGACAGAAACUGCCAUGUGAGCAGGGCAAGAAGCAAAAGCGGAUCCACUGGGUCGCCAACAUCGGUACAGCUCUCAACUUCCUUGAGGGUAGAAAGUCUGCCUACAGAGGAUCUCCGAUCAAACUAGUCAACAUCAACUCCACAGACAUUGUGGAUGGAAGACCAUCGAUUGUACUGGGGUUGAUGUGGACAAUCACUCUAUUUUCCAGAUUGAGGAGCUAACCAGUAGCCUACCAGCACUUUCAGGCCCUAUCCAGCAGCACUUCCUCAUUGGACAGUUCCACCAGCAGCACUGACACCACCAGCCCACCUGUCAAAAGGAAGCCCCUCCCUCCUGUGCAGGGCGGAGCAGAAAGGCCCUAUUGAGAUGGGUCCAGCAGACCGC